AAGCGAAGGCCCUCGGCAUCCAGCGGCCGCCCGCCGCGGCCUUCAGCCAAAGAAAGCCCUGCGCCGGCGGGCCCGGGCCCCCUUUCUGCUUGGCCUGGUAUGGUUCGGCGCCUACCGCCGCGCCGCCGCGGCCGCGGUGUGUUGUGGUUCGCCGGCAAACCAGGAGGCGCCACCCCGGCGGGCCUUGCCGGCGCCGGGGCCGGCGCGACGUCGCGCCGGGGCUUGUUGGGCUCUGCCCCCCUCUUUUGCCUCCUCCGCCUCGCCCCCCCCCGCACCCAUGCAAGUCAGGGGGGGGCGCGCAUUGUGCCCGCCCGUGGUUCUCUUGGCCUGGCCGCCCCGCGUGUAUGUUUGCGCUCGCAUGCGAUGUGUGCUAGAUGCCCGGGGGCUGACCCCCUUGCCCGCUCCGGAGCGCGUCGGGCUUCUGUUUGCCGUGUUGCCGGUAUUAGCGUUCGCUCGUUGCUUUGCUUCGGCCGCCGAGUUUGCCUGGCUGGUAGUUAGUAAUGAGCCCGGCCUCGAGUCGCCGGCACGCCGAUGCCCCCAGCCUUCUCGCCCCGGGCUCGCCGUGCCCAUACACAGGGAGGCCCCCUGCGAGUGGAAAGCAGCGCCAGCCCUGUCUUGUUUCUGUGCCAGCUGUGGCAAGGACACACAGACAUCACGCAAAUGCGCCAGGCCCCUGCGAUAG